UUUAAUCGAAUAGAAGCCAUUAAGCGAGAUUUCUGUUUUUGCACUGAUUUUGACCUACCUGUUGUGUGCGUGUGUGCAGCGCUCAGCAGCCGGAGCCUGCAGGACCCCUCGCCCCGGGCCAGGAUGUUGGAGUGGGCGGGCUCCCUGUGGCAGGCGGCGGGCGCCGUCCCCGGCGGCCAGUGGGCGCUGGUGAUCUCCGUGCUCUCGGGGCUGCUGUACGUGGCAGGCACCUGGACCCACGGCUACUUCCGGAGCCGCGGGUUGCCGUUUUCCAGCCCGCUGCCCUUCCUGGGCAACAUGGCGCCACUCACCUUCGGCAUCCUUUCCUUCAACGAUUUCGCGGAAAAGAUGUAUUGCCAAUUCCAGGACUAUGCCGUGUUCGGUAUUUUCCAGUUCAUGACUCCGGUCGUUUUUGUCCGCGAUCCAGAGGUCAUUAAGAAACUCGCAGUGAAAGAUUUCGACCAUUUUGUGGACCACCAAACCCUUCUAACUGAGAAACUGGAUCCUCUCAUGGCCAAGAAUUUGUUUGCUCUCAGAGUGAAAGUGUACGAGGCCGACAUGAAGGACUUCUUCACGCGGUUCACCAACGACGUGAUCGCCACGACGGCCUUCGGCAUCCAGUGCGACUCCCUGCGCGACCGCCAGAACGCGUUCUACGUGAUGGGGCGCGACCUCACCAACACCAAGGGCCUGCGCAUGCUGCUCUUCCUGGGCUACCUCCUCAGCCCCAAGCUCAUGGAGGUACUCAACCUGCCGUUCAUCUCCCCGAAGGUGCGCGACUUCUUCCACGGCAGCGUGCACGAGACGAUCCGCGCGCGCCAGAAGCAGGGCAUCUUCCGGCCCGACAUGCUGCAGCUGCUCAUGCAGGCGCGCGCGGGCCAGCUGAAGGCCGAGGCGGGCGACGAGGAGGAGGUGGUCACGGGCGCCCGCAAGCUGCAGGACAUCGUUUGGUUUGCUGCCUCUGCCUUGCAUCGGGAUCCAAAAUAUUGGAGCAAUCCGAAUGUAUUUGAUCCUGAACGCUUCAGCGAAGAGAACAAGGCCAACAUCAAGCCGUUUACGUACAUGCCUUUCGGAGUGGGUCCUCGUCUUUGUAUAGGUUCGCGAUUUGCGCUCAUGGAGACGAAGAUCGCCCUGGCCCACAUCUUGCAUCACUUCAGCUUCGUUUGCACAGGAAAGACGCCAAAGGUCGUCAAAUUCGCCAAGAGGGAUUUCAAUGCCUCCGUGGAAGGCGGCUUUUGGUUGGGCAUUGCGCCUCGUGCGAAAUGAGAGCGAAUACUACACCAUUGCCAUUGGACACUUUUCCGUCUCUGAUUAUGAUUCCAAACUCGAUGAGUGGACAAAGUUACAUAAGGAAUCGUGUUCACUUUGUCUGGAAGAACAGUUUCGGGCUGCAGUGAUGGAUAAAUGAUAUCUAAAUGUAAAGUAAAGAAAAGCAUGCUACUUAAAAUUAAAUAUUUUAAACAUAUUUAAAAAAAAUUGAAAUUGUAUAUUAAAAGAGAGUGUUUGAUUACUACUAGAGUUUUCUUUUGUUAACCUGAAAAAUGUACAUAUGUGAUAUAAAUUAAAAUGCGAUUGUGUUAUAU